AUGCGCAACUCAAUGACUUUCGCGGCGAAGGCCUGGCACGAUGCAAAGCCACCGGCUAAGCUGCGCAAGUCGUACAAGCAGGAGCUGGCGGACAAAGGCGUGGUGGAUGUAGAGGAGCACGAAGGCGAAGCCGAGGACAUGGGCUUUGUGAAGUCGGAGAAGGCGAAUGCAGCCGCGAAGGUCAAUCUGAGCGCAAAGCUCUCCAAGGAGGGCGCGACGGCAAACAGUGCAGGAGGAAUGAAGGAGAUGUGGCGCUUGAUCAAAAUUGCCAGCCCCGAAGCAAAGUCGCUGGGCUUCGCCUUCGUCUUCCUGCUCCUCUCGUCGGCCGUCAGCAUGUCGGUGCCUUUUUCCAUUGGCAAGAUUCUCGACAUUGCAACGCAGCCCGAAGGCUCCAAGGAGCUGCUCUUUGGCAUGGACAUCAACACUUUCUACGCAGCCUUGGCGGCAGUGCUUGCAACCGGCGCCGCGUGCAAUUUCGGUCGCAUCAUCAUUCUCCGAGUCGUUGGUGAGCGCAUUGUUGCCCGUCUGCGAUCUCAGCUCUACCGCAAGACCUUCAUCCAGAACGCCGAAUUCUUCGACGCGAACCGAGUCGGUGACCUCAUCUCCCGUCUUGGGUCGGACACGAUCAUCGUUGGAAAAGCCAUUACGCAGAACCUGUCUGACGGCCUCCGCUCCAUGGUGGCCGGCGCCGCUGGUUUCGCCAUGAUGGGCUGGGUUAGUCUGAAACUCACGGGUAUCCUCGCAACGAUUGGUCCUUUUGUAGCAAUUUCCGCCUUCGUUGCUGGACGACAACUGCGCACCCUCAGCCGGAAGAUCCAAAAGAAUCUCGGUACUCUGACUAAGGUUGCUGAAGAGCGAUUGGGCAAUGUUCGAACUGCGCAGGCAUUCGCUGGUGAAGUUACCGAAGCUGGACGCUACAACCGUCAAAUCAAGAGGAUAUUCGCGCUUGGAAAGAGAGAAGCUUAUGUCGCCGCCACCUUCUUUGGUGUGACUGGUCUUAUGGGCAAUCUUACCGUCAUUGCUGUACUUUACGUCGGAGGCGGCAUGGUCAAGUCUGGAGCUAUCACCAUUGGUGAGCUGUCCUCGUUUCUGAUGUACACCGCAUACGCCGGAUCUAGUAUGGUUGGCCUUUCUGGCUUCUGGGGUGAGAUGAUGAAGGGUGUUGGAGCCGCCAGCCGUCUUUUCGAACUGCAAGAUCGCAACCCUACGCUUUCGCCCACGAAAGGCUUCCCAGUGAAAUCCGCAAGAGGGCCUAUUGAAUUCAAGAACGUUACGUUUAGCUACCCGACGAGGCCUGCGGUCAACAUCUUCAAGGAUCUUAACUUCAAGAUUGAACAGGGCACCAACGUUGCCAUCGUCGCACCCAGCGGAGCUGGCAAGUCUACCGUGGCUAGCUUAUUACUCCGCUUUUAUGUACCAACUGAGGGCACCAUUUCAAUCGACGGACGCGAUAUCACAACCCUGAAUGCGAAGCAACUGAGGAGGAAGAUAGGCUUCGUGGGGCAGGAACCUGUACUAUUCUCCGGAACGAUUGCUGAGAAUAUCGCAUACGGGGUUCCCAACGCCACUCGUGCCGAGAUCAUCGCCGCUGCUCGCAAAGCUAACUGCACGUUCAUCGGCGACUUCCCUGAUGGUCUCGAGACUCAUGUUGGUGCCCGUGGCACUCAACUCUCAGGUGGUCAGAAACAGCGUAUUGCUAUUGCGCGCGCGCUUAUCAAGCAGCCUGACAUUCUCAUCCUCGACGAAGCUACAAGUGCUCUCGACGCCGAAUCCGAGACCUUGGUCAACCAAGCAUUGGGUAAGCUUCUGCAAGAGAAGAAUACUACUAUCAGCAUCGCGCAUCGUCUCUCUACUAUCAAGAGGUCCGACCGCAUCAUUUGCAUCAACGCCGAUGGGCAGGUUGCUGAGGAAGGAACAUACGAAGAGCUUACUUCCAACCCCACCGGCGCAUUCAACAAGCUCAUGGAGUGGCAGCUGAGCGGUGGAGAACCGCACCCCCGUAUUGAAAGCCCGAGACCCACCGAGGUGGAGGAGAUCGAGCAAGAGCUAGAUGAAGCCGCAGAUGAAGCCGCAGACGAAGAGGAAUCGGAGCGCGUGAAGAGACGCAUAUACUGCAAUCCACGCGCAUUCCUACUACCGAUCGCAAGCCAAACCCGUUGUUUCAGUGGAAGCAGAACGAUGUCGGAGCAAAGCAAGGUCCAGGAGUAUAAGCAGGCGGGCAACAGGGAGAAUAAGCCGCCGAAGCAUGAGGCGGUGUACUUCAAGAGGUUGAUGAGCGAGAAGAGGGCGUUCGGGGAUUUCAGGACGGUGUUGCAUACGGGGCUGUAUUCGCAAAUUGUCGCAAUGGAGGUCCCUGUUGGCGGAGAAAUCGGUGACGAAGUGCACCUCGUCGACCAGAUCCUCCUCUUCACCUCGGGCAAAGGUCUGGCGACCGUGGCAGGUAAAGAUCAGGAAGUCAACGCAGGCGACGUGGUCGUUGUGCCGGCUGGCACCCAACACCAGUUUGUAACGCGCGGAGACCAGCCGCUGGAGCUCCUCACUGUAUACUCGCCCGCCGAGCACGACCCGAAGACGGUGCACAAGACUAAGGAGAUUGGCGAUAAGGAGGAAGACGAGGGCAAGGACGAGGCGCCAGAAUGGAGCAACGCGAGUAAAGACGAAAACGAGAAGAAGGGGUUGGUGAAGGAGAGCGGGAAGUACUAA